CUCUCCCCCCCUCUCAGUUUCCAUACUGAAAGGUGCCGCAUCAUCAUCACCAUCACCCUCCCAUCCGUCCAUCGCACCGUCCCACACUGAGCUGGUGGCUACGUUAGCGUUAGCUUUCCUCUCUGUAAGCACCAUCUCUCUCUCUCUCGCUCUCUCGCUCUCUGCAGUGGGAUUGCCACAACAUCAAAAGCGCCUCCCUCCUCUCUCUGUCCCCCCCUCCCUCGUCUCUCUCUCUCUGCAUCCUCCCAACAUCCGACACUCAGGAAGAGAAGAAGGGAACGAGAUGGACUGAACAUAAUAACAAGAAGAAGAAGAAGAGGAAGAAGAGAUGUGUUUACUCCAGUGAGGCUCGUCCACCCACAUUAGGAAUCCUCUCUCUCUCUCUCUCUCUCUCUCUAUCUAUCUAUCUAUCUAUCUAUCUAUCUUUCUAUCUUUCUAUCUAUCUAUCUAUCUAUCUAUCUCUAUCUUCCACCAUGAGCUUCGCCGCCCUCUCCCCCGUGGCCCCCGAGCCUCCGUCCCCGAUGGUGACCUCCGUCACCCCGACCCUGGACCCCGACACCUCCACCUGCCCUGCCGCCGUCAGCCCCGCCCCUCUCAGCCUGGACCCGGAGCAUCGGCACCAGGACGGGGCCUCGUCGCCCGGCCCGGGCCCCAGCCGGGGCAGCCUCACUGGGGGAGGAGCUCACCUGGGACGAGACCCCUCCCAGAGGUCAAAGAAACCGCCGCCCCUCCACACCGGAGCCGACUGGAAGGUCGUCCUCCACCUGCCGGAGAUCGAGACGUGGCUGAGAGUGACCGGCAACCGAGUCACCCAGCUCUCGCACUCUGUGGGACAAGACAGCGUCAACAGACACGUGGACGUCCACCUGGUGCAGCUCAAGGACAUCUGUGAGGACAUCUCGGACCAUGUGGAGCAGAUUCACGCCCUGCUGGAGACGGAGUUCUCCCUGAAGCUGCUGUCGUACUCCGUCAGCAUCAUCGUGGACAUCCGGACGGUGCAGCUGCUGUGGCACCAGCUCAGGGUCUCGGUUCUGGUCCUGAAGGAGCGACUGCUGCAGGGCUUACAGGACUCCAACGGGAACUACACCCGGCAGACCGACAUCCUGCAGGCCUUCAGCGAGGACCAGCACCAGACUCGCCUGGACGCUCUGACGGAGGUGGACGACUGCGGCCAGCUGACCAUUCGCUGCAGCCAGGACUACUUCUCUUUAGACUGCGGCAUCACCGCCUUCGAGCUGAGCGACUACAGCCCCAGUGACGAGCCCGAGGCGCGAGGAUCUGAACCCACCGCCGACGAGGAGGAAGAGGAAGAGGAGGAGGAGGAGGAAGAGGAGGAGGAGGAAGAGAAGGAGGAGGAAGAGGAGGAUCCCUCCCAGGAGCUCGGCCACACUCGAGGCCCAAAACUGGAACCGGGAGCAGAGGAGGGCGAAGGAAUCCGCCUCUCAAACCACGAACACCACAACAGUUUACCCGAACUCGCCACAAACCUCAACCAUUCUCUCUCAAUAAUACCCACAAUGCAGUGCGGCACAUCCAACCACAUUGAAAACGUGAAGCGCCCCCUGCAGGGCGUGAGCCACAGCACCGAGGUGUCGCCCACGCAGCCGUCUCUUCCCAAGAGAGCCGCUCUGUUCUCAAACGGAGGAACCAGGGCGGAGGACUCGAGGGGAGGUCUGGGGAAGGUCGGCCCGCCCUCCGGCCUCCACUUCCAGGCCGAGCUGAGUCGGAGCACCCCGUCUCUUAUGGAUCCCCCAGACCCCUCCAAGUUCUGGUUGGAGCUGGACUCGGUUUACCCAGAAAAUGUUUCCCAGUCCUACGAGAGUCUGCAGAUCAUGAACGGACGCAACCUCCAGAGAAACCACGUGAGCUCCAAGCAGUUAGGCUGCUCUCAGCGGAGCGUCCAGAGUUCUUCUGGGGCCAGACGGACCGCCGACGCCCCCCCGCCUCCACAAAACCCGGCGUCUCAGGAUGAAAUAUCUAAACAAAUGGAGAGGACGCAGAGGGAGACACACGCACACAGUGAGGGGGACUCCGACUCCUCGUUGCCCUCCCCGAUGAGGGAGCAGUUCCUCUCCUCAGACCUGGAGGCGUCCGGAGAGGAGUCCGACCCCCGACCGCGUCCCGGCAAGACGGCGGUCUGGAUCGUGAGGCGCCAGGGGCAGAAGGCCGCCCAGGUUUCUUCCAGAUCCAGCCCAGAGAGGGAGCACUGGUACGGGUCAGAGGAGUUCCUGGCCCUCCCCGGUCAGCUCCGUAAGACGGAGAUGCUCGCUAUGAAGCUGGAAAGUCUGGCUCAGUCCAUCCCUCUGAGGCCCGGUGACUGUGACUCUACCCAGGAGGCUUUGCAGGAUGUGGAUGACUGGGAUUUGACGGACUGGGACGGUGGGGACGACCUGCCUUCUCUCCUGCCUCCACUGCUUCCUUACAGACGAAACCUGGUCAGCCGCUUUAGCUCCACCUCCUCCAGCGACUUCGCUCCCUCAUUGGACGACGGCAUCGAGUCCGGUCCGUUGUGCGACCUGCAUUCUGAAGACGAGGAGGGACGGAGGUCUGCGGAUCGGCGUCUGCGGCCGGCGGUGCCCCCGGUGGACGUGCGUGGAGCUGCGUCCCUGGUGCAGCAGCUGCUGGAGGACAUUCAGAGUCAGGACAAUGACCCCGCCGUCUGGAGAAAGAUAGAGGUACGGACAGUAGUCCUGUCUGUCUGUCUGUCUGACUGUCUGUCUGACUGUCUGUCUGACUGUCUGUCUGUGUCCUCGCUUUGACAUGUCGCUCAGUGUCGGUGUGUUUUCCCUGGCGGUUCAUUUCAUCUCAUUUCUUCUGAGUUAUGUAUUUAAAGUGAGGUAUUCUGCCUCUUCUACAAACAACACGCACCUCAAAGUGUGUAAGCGACACUUUUCUGUUCAAUGGAACUGUUUUCGUUCGAUCGUUAACUGUCGAGUCUGGAUGCUCUGAGAUCGGAUCUUGGUCGCAUUGGGAUCCGAUCACCCAGACCACAUGCCGAGGAGGCCUGGCUCGCAUUGAGUUCAGAUCUCGGUGAAUCAGAACAAUUUAUAAAACGUAGGACUCCAUCAUCUCCCCCCCCCACACGACAGUUUCUCUCCCCGGGAAAACCCAACAUCUCCUGAUUCUACUACUUUUAAAACCUUUUAACAAAACGAGGGGGACUUUAAUUGUCCGUCCACCACAAAGAAUACUGGAUGAGCACAGCCUGAACCCUGGCCUAUGUUCUAAGUUGCCACCAGGUUGAGUUAGCUUUAAACACAGAAACAUCCUCGGUUUAGGUUACGGGACCGUGAAAGUCAGCAGGAACCAAUGUUGUCUGUCGGUAGGAACCAGAAAGUGUAGUCGAUACCUCCACCCUACCCUCUUCCUAAAGAGCACUGGACCUCCAUCGUUUUAGCUGCAUUAGCAUGUUUUCCGCAGCAGAACCACGACACAAAUCCCUGCACUUGUCAUCCUGACAAGUCGAACCAAAACCG